AUGGCAUUCACCAACUUCAUGGCCACCACCUCGAUGGCUCUCUUCUACCUCCUCCUCCUCCUCAUCCCAAGCUCGAACUGCGGGGACCUCGACUCCCAUCACGAUCACGAAGUCCCGAAGAGCGAUGUGGACCUACUGGAGUUUCCGCUGAAUUUGGAGUACUUUGAGGCAGAGCUCUUCUUGUAUGCUUCGUUGGGGUAUGGAUUGGACAAGGUGGCCCCGAACUUGACCCUGGGAGGUCCAUCCCCAGUUGGAGCUAGGGCUGCCAACUUGGGUCCUCUCAUCAAGGAUAUCAUCUUGCAAUUUGCUUACCAAGAAGUCGGUCAUUUGAAGGCCAUCAAGCAGACAGUGAAGGGGUUUCCAAGGCCGCUGCUGAAUUUGUCUGCGGAUUCAUUUGCCCAAGUGGUAGACAAAGCAUUUGGGUAUGCUUUGAAGCCUCCAUUCGACCCAUAUGCCAAUGAACUUAACUUCUUGCUUGCCUCCUAUCUCGUCCCUUAUGUUGGCCUCACGGGCUAUGUUGGAGCAAACUCCAAGCUCCAAGGCUCUGUCUCCAAAAGGCUUGUCGCGGGCCUUCUCGGCGUCGAAUCAGGUCAGGAUGCAGUGAUCCGAGCCCUUCUAUACGAGCGGGCACACAAGAAAGUCGAGCCAUAUGAGAUAAUCGUGGCGGAGUUCACAAAUAGGUUUUCGGAGCUGAGGGACAGACUUGGGCAUGACGGGCUUAAGGACGAGGGCCUCGUCGUACCCCGUCACCUAGGUGCCGAGGGGAAGAUCGAGGGGAACGUGCUCGCAGGCGAUGUAUACUCGGUCGCGUACGACCGAACGCCGGAGGAGAUACUGAGGAUCGUCUAUGGGAGCGGCGAUGCGAGAGUCCCGGGAGGAUUCUAUCCCAAAGGAGGGGAUGGUGGCAUUGCUAGGUCUUAUCUCCGGUCGGUGUAG